CUUCAGUCGAACCGCGACCACUGCGCAGGGCACACGACCGCGCCGUAUCGACCGCCCCUAGCGCGUAUAAACAACAUCGCAAUCGGUUACCGAAUCCUAAUCCAAUUGUUUUAGAAGAGUAAUCUGUAAUUUAAAAAUCUGGAACGUGCAAGGACUAAGGAGACUGGAGAUAUCGCAUAUCUUUUUGAGUAUCGUCAUAAGAAUAGUUGAAAGUUAUAAUUUAAACGAAGUAGAUGAGUGUCCGGACAAUAGUGAAUAAAUAGUGUGGUAUAACGAACACAAACCAGUGCAAAAUGGCGAUGGAUACGAUGGCAGUGGAGAUGCCCGACCUAUCGGCGCACGCGCCUCCUCCUCCUGUAGAAGAAACGCCAGAAGAGAAAUACGAGCGUCUGCUUCGGCGCGCGCGCACCGAGGACUUAAGCGAGGUGUCGGGCAUCGGCUGUCUUUACCAGAGCGGCGUGGACCGGCUCGGCAGGCCCGUCGUCAUCUUCAUUGGGAAGUGGUUCCCUAUUGGAGACAUCGACCUUGAUAAGGCCUUGCUAUACCUGAUCAAGCUGCUGGACCCGAUCGUGCGCGGCGACUACGUCAUCGCGUACUUCCACACGCUGGCGUCAUCCGCCAACCACCCGCCCUUCUCGUGGCUGAAGGAGGUCUACACCGUGCUGCCUUACAAAUAUAAGAAGAACUUGAAAGCGUUCUACAUCGUUCACCCCACGUUUUGGACAAAAAUGAUGACGUGGUGGUUCACGACGUUCAUGGCGCCGGCGAUCAAGGCGAAGGUGCACAGCCUGCCCGGCGUCGAGUACCUGUACUCCGUCAUGGCGCGCGACCAGCUCGAGCUGCCCGCCUUCGUCACCGAGUACGACAUGACGAUAAACGGCCUGCACUACUUCCAACCUGAUACCAACAACACGUAAGCCGCAGCAGUGAUCCACAUUUAUCAAAUAAACUACCAAUUAAGAUAAUAUUUCGUGUGGCAACAUUGUUAAUGUCAUGAAGAACUACUAAAAUAUAUUACCUGGCAACACUGUAAGUUGUCAUUGCCAAACGGACUAAUGGAACGUUUCUUGUUAUAAAUUAUUAACAAAAAUCCUGCUUAUGUAUCAAUGACCUUUGUGAUCAUUUAAAUAUCAGCUAUGAGAUUGAAUAGAUAUAAAAUAUAUCUGUACCAAAUGUAUAAAUGAAGAGUUUAUAGAAAAGUACACGCUUUACUAAGUAUCGUUAGGUACGAUUGGAUGUAGCAAGAUACAUUACCAUAAGGCGUUGGCAACUGUCUGUUGCUGUGACCAAACCGAUGUCCGUAAUAUUGUACGAACGACGGCACAUCGAACUGAACACUGGGGCAUCUUAUUUAGUUGUGAUAGGUGCUAUUCUGCAACAAAAAUGGACAGUUUGAUGUGCUGGCGACUGCGUUCGACCCGAGCGGAUACGGGUCGGAGUAUAUCACUGUUACAGUUACGACCCGAGCGGAUAUGGGUCGGAAUAUAUCGCUGUUACAGUUGCGACUCGAGCGGAUAUGGGUCGGAAUAUAUCGCUGUUACAGUUACGACCCGAGCGGAUAUGGGUCGGAAUAUAUCCCUGUUACAGUUGCGACCCGAGCGGAUACGGGUCGGAAUAUAUCGCUGUUACAGUUCCGAGUGACAUCUCCGAUCGACAUUAAACGCAAUAAUAUCAGUUUUACUAAUUACCGUUUUUAAUAGAGUUUUGUAGCCAAAGUUGAUCGAAGAUUUCACUCGGAAUCAUGAGGUUGUUGAUAGUAUCGUGUAACUUAGUAUUAGCAGUGCAUUUUUAUAUUACGUGACUGUAACGAGAUAACGUUAAGUUUCGGGCGUUUGUAUUGUAGUCCCGGAACGACAAACCCCGGGGUGUCAAAUCCAAUUUAUGGUGUCUAACUUUUUUACUUUAGGUUUUUAGUCGUCCGUAAUGGACUUUUAUUUAGUUAUUUCACGGUGUGCUAUUUUGUACGACGUACUUAGAACACGGUUUGAUCAUUUACUUGACUUACAUUUCAAAUCCUGUGACAGGGUAUUCAUUUAACGUCAAUAGUUUUGUUCAAUACGAAUAUCAAUCGCGUAGUUCUCAUAAUUAUUAGUUUAAGGAGAGACGGUUGGCCUGUGGUGGCUAGUUGUACUAUGUUUUUUACAAAGGUGCUUGAUGAUUUUGCGAAUGAGAUUUUUAUUUUUACAUUAGGUGUUCGACGAAUAGGCUUAAAGUUAGUAUCGGUGUAAAUACGCUGUUGAAUUUUUUCAUUGUAAUCGUAAAAGUGUGCCACGACUUCGUAGUGGUUUGUACGAAGCAAUUACGAUGUACUAAAACAUUAGUUACAAAAUAAUAAGCAAUGUUACAAUUUGCUCGAUUCUGAGACUGUUGUAUGUUACUAAAAUUUGAAUAGAUUAAUAAAAAUAAUAACAUGAUAACACUGUCAAAAAACCGUUAACAUUUAAAUUGCAAAUCACUAAAGUCGUUCUCUCUUUCCAUUCUUCUUAUUUUCCCUAGCCCUUUUUCCCAUUGUUUGGGAUCAGCUCUUCUUGUUUUAAGACGGUAUUACAGUCUGUCCUGGGUUGCCUUUCUUAUUAUUUGGCAGUUCUGAGGCCUGUGUAAUGUGUCUUACCAAUAAUUAAAGAAUGAAAUAGCCACCGUCUCAGAAUUGGGCCCAACACGCGGCACAGGACAAAGCAGUUUGCUAGAGCACCGGUAGACGCGGCGAUUCUAGUCGACGUACAGUUUCACUAUUUGCUCCAUUAUAUGAUAAACGUUGUUAUUUCUAGUUAUAGAAGUCGAUUUCCCAUAAAUAUUUACACAUUUUUUACCUAUCAAUUUCAAUAAUAGAAAUAUGUUUUUACAAUGUUCUGUUUAAAUGUAUUAUAAGUUUUGGUAGUGUUGCCAAUUAAUGAUAAAUACCACUGCCACAUUUCAAAGUUAUUGUCGGUAAUCGGUAUAAUUGUAGCGUAGUAUGGCAAGGGACAGAAGACUGCUAUCGCAGGACUUCUUCCUACGUCGUUAUGAAUCUGAGGGAUCCCAUCCUAUGGUGUUCACCAUUGCGACGGGACCCAAUAAAGCCUAUAAUGUAAAAAGUAACUAGCUACCGUGACGCUUAGCGCAGUAGCAAAUUAGCAAUAGAAGCUAACGAAAUGCAAUAUUUUAUUACGAUUGUAUACAAGACCACAUCGCAAUGAGCUGAACGAAUGGUACAAAAUACAGUGGAUAUUGUUAUAGAAGCAGUAUAUUUUUUCUACAGUUUAACCUAAUCAUUGUGCCACCUACUUUACCCUUUUCAGUGAUUGAAUAUUUGUAGUGUUAAAACGUUGACGCAAUAUUGAAAUGUGUGAUUGUCUAUUGUUGUUAAUGCUGUAUUGUGUAAUUAAACUUUUAAUACAGUCGUAUUUUUGUAAGUUAAGUCAUUUUCCAUAAAUCCGUUAAAAUUUUUGUCUUACUGGUCAAGAGUAAGUUGAGAUGGAAAUUAGCAUUGUAUCAGUUAAGGAACCCAAAAAUCGUUGAAAUUGUAUAUCCUACAACCAUUUUUUAAUGAAUUAUUGCACUUUUAAACAAAAGAUAUAUCAACAAGGCCUUAGAUGUGUUAACUAUUGUUACUUUAUUAUACUCAUAAUAAUUCUUAGGUCGCAAAUUUUAUUGCUGUUAACACGUGAAUCUAAAGAUCCAGUGUAAUUACCAUGUUCAACAAAUAAAAUGCUAAUUUAGGUGUUA